AUGUUAUUUAAAGGAAAUAGUUCAAGAUUAGAAUUUUUAAUUGAAAAAAUUCAAGCGCAUAAAGAAUUAUCACCCUCACCACUUCCAGAUGACAAGAUCUUUACUUUAAGAUCAAAAGAAGGACUGAUGAAUGGAAGUUACUCAUGGCGCAGUGAAGACGAUAGCCUUAAUGGGCAGAGGGGUGGCGGCACACCAUCUUCUUGUACGACUUCUACAUCACUGAGUUUCCCCUCAGAAACAGAGACUGACGUUGAUGUUAAAUUAAAUGGUAUUGACAGCAGCAGCACCUCUGGGCUAUGUCCAUACCCAUGUCAAUUUUGUGAUAAAUCUUUUCCCAGCUUGAGUCAACUGAAAAAACACGAGCAGACUCAUGGUGACCAAAUGCCAUACCGUUGUAGCUGGUGUGCUAGAUUGUUUAAACAUAAACGCAGUAGAGAUCGUCAUGUAAAAUUACAUACUGGUGACAGAAGAUAUCGUUGCACACAGUGUGAAGCUGCAUUUUCACGAAGCGAUCAUCUAAAAAUCCACAUGAAAACUCACGACAACCAAAAGCCGUAUCACUGCAGCGAGUGUUCUCGUGGUUAUAACACAGCAGCGGCAUUAACAUCGCACAUGCAGACUCACAAGCGUCCUCAGUCACAGCAACUAACGAAUUUCCCGUCAAAAAUGUCAGAAAACGAGCGAAGUUCUCUGUGGCCAAGCGAAGGCUCAUCCCCUAGUGUCAGUUCGCCACUACCCUCGUCUCUCCACAAGCUACCGCCCUACUCACCAGACUCCUCGGCAAACGAAUCGUCCCCCGCAGUGUCAUUUCUUCGGUCAUCUCUGACCCUCGCGUGUAUGUAUUGCACCAAAGACACCUUCACCAGCAUGGAGCAGCUCCAAUUGCACGUCCAAGCUGUCCACGAGCUCGCUGUGAGCACCCUCAGUCCUUCGUCCUCGCCGAACAAAAUCACCGAUAACAAUUACAAGCGGCGUAAAAAAAAAGAUUUUAAUUUAAAAAUAAAGGACGAAUUGUUAUCGUGUGUCGACAGCGCGUGUGCUAUGAAAUUCACAAAAUUAAAUCUAUUAAACGAGCAUAUUAGAGCUCAUCACAGUAAUAAUGAUAAAGCUCCGAUAAAUAACUAUGAUAAUGACACAUCAGCAUCAGCAACGGAAUCAGCAUUCACGUUAUCAUGCCCUUUGUGUGGGUUAUCGUGCUCAUCCCCUGCAGUCUAUGCUGAGCACUACGUUCUCGAGCACUGCGAAAAUCGGCGAGUUAUCGCUGAUAAAUCGCCAGAAAAAACUAAUUACGGUAAAAAAAUAUCCAACGAUAAUAGCAGCAAUUUAAGCGCAGGGGUUUUUUCUUCUAGCACUUUGCUCUGCGGGCAAUGUGGAGCGGCGUUGAAAGACUUUGAGUCCUUUCGCGUUCACCUGGCGCAUCAUUUGCAAGUAAAUAAUUACCAGAAGCAAUUCAGUGUAAAUUGCCCUAAGUGCGAGCUGAUUUUCACCUCCCAGGACGAGAUGGUCAAUCACUUGACAAAGCACUAUCUGAGCGAUGAAAAAAUUUUAAAGCACCAGUACUGGUGUGAUGCGUGCGACAGACACUAUUUAGACAUUGAGUCACUGAAAAAGCACACAUUUGAGGAGCACACGCAGCGCUUGUACAGAUGCAGUGUGUGCAGAGAGACCUUUGAGACGGCUGUUGGCAUUCAGGUGCAUUUAACUGUUAAGCACACACGGGAGUGCGCUGUUUAUCAGUGUACGGAUUGUGUAAAUAAUCCGGGAUUCACAAAAGGGAUAGAGACAGUGGGUUGUGAUAAGAAUAGAAUGGAGAGAGACAGUGUCUUUAAAAGUUCCACAGAGCUGAUGAAACACGUGAUGAAUGCUCAUUUGUCGUGUUCCUCGUCGUUGGCAUUAUCAUUAUCGUCUGCGAAAGCUCAGGAUCGGAUUACUCAGAUAAAGGGCCGAAUCGGUCCAGCUGCACCAGAAACAACCAGAGCUUGCGGUGAAUUAUUUUUACGAUGCUGUUUUUGUGGUGUACAUUGUAAUACGGAAGCUGAUUUACAGCGACACUUGGCAACCCACUCGACGUGCCUUUAUAGAUGCCCGAUUUGUCGUCAAGGUUUUACUGUUGAAUUUUUGCUGGACAAGCACAUUGCUCAGAUACAUAACAAUAACUCACCGAAUGCUACUGCUGCUAUUGAUACUGGUGUUGCUGCUACAACUCCUGCCGGAGCUGAUACUAUGAUCGAUUGUCAGAAUGUUUUUAAUCAUUCUAAACUACAUGAUGAGGUGAGACAUAAAAGAAAGCAGUUGACACCUGAAUUAUGUCAACAAAAUCCUUCAGAAUAUAAACGAUUAACAAUAAACCGUCCAAGUAAUAAUAAUUUAAAUGAUAAUGAUGAUAAUAGUAAUAAUAAUAAUAAUAACAAUAAUGAAAAAUUAAAGAUAAAUAAUUGUGAAUAUUGUGAUCGAAAGGAUUUUACAAGUGAAUUAGAGCUUCGCGCCCAUAAAAAGCUGGCUCACAAAUUAUCAAUCGAAUCAGUAGGAAAUAAUCUCCAGCAGCAACCAAAAUCAUUAUCGCAAAAUCUAGAAAGUUGUAGUUAUUGCGGUGAAUUACUGCAUUCACGCAGCGAAUUGGAAGCUCACACAAGGAUCCACCACUCGACGAAUGAAUUAGGAAAGCGCCGAUACAAAUGUAACAUAUGCGAUGAAUUAUUUUCCACAGGGGGUAUUUUGGCAGAGCACAAAUUAGACAAGCACUGCAAAAUAAAGUUGAGCGAUGUUUGCACCGUCUGCAGAGUUGUUUUACACAGCGAAGUAGAUUUUAUCGAGCACGUACAGAAACACAGUUUCGAAGCGAUUGAUUCGUACCAACAAAGACACGAAACCAUGGCAUCAGCUCCCGUUUCAGCAACUACUCAAACAAUUUCUGUUACAAAUACUGCUACAAAUACUGCUCUUAUCUCUAAUAACUCUAAUGCUAGUAUUACAGCAGCAAGUACUCAUGCGCCCGUUUAUUGUGUUGUCUGCAGGCAGACUCUCAUUAGCGAAUUCGAAUGUCAAUUACACGCCAGGUAUCAUUUACGACCCCAGUCUUCUGUUUCAAUUACUGAUAAUAAUAAUAGUAAUAGUAAUGGUAUUAAUAAUAAUAAUAAUAAUAAUAAUAAUAAUAAUAAUAAUAAUAAUAAUAAUAAUAAUCGUAAGGAAUUAAUAAAUAACAUUAUUAAUUGUUGUAUUUGCUUACGCGAAUUUGAUAAUAAUAAUUCUGUUAUUCCUUUGUCAAACAACGUUACAAGUAAUGAAAGACAAUUGAAUGUUUGUAACAGGUGUUAUGUACGUCAUUUAAAUGGUUUACCUAUUUUAGGUAAUAAUUUUUAUAAUGAUAAUGAUUGUAAAGUGAGUGAAAGUUUCGAGCGAAGAAAUGUUGAAAAUAAUUGUAAAUUAAAAUCCAUUAAAUUAGAGUGUGUGAAUGAGAAAGAUGAUAAUUGUAAUGAUGAGGAAGAUAUUGAUGUUGAUGUUGAUAUUGAUGUUAAUAAUGAGGAAGAAGAGGAAAAAGAUAAAGGAAAUGGAGAAGAUAAUGAAAAUGAGAAUAAGCAUGAAAAAGAAGACGAUAGUAUUUAUAAUGAAAAUAAGAAUAAGGAAAAUAAAAUAGGAGUGAGAUUUGAAAAUAAUUCACAUGAGAAAAAUAGCGCUGGCGUCCGUCCAUAUAACUGUCCUCAAUGUAACCUCGAGUUUGCUCUUAAAGUUGAAUUGGAGCAUCACCUUACUGCUGUACAUAUGAAUAAAAAUAUGUCUUGUAUGGUUAAUGCUACAGAGGGGAGGAAAAACAAUUCCCGAAAAGAGGAAGAAGGGCAUUCACGUGAUGCUAAUAUUAAAGACAAUGCCAGUGAAGAUGGGCUGAUUGUCAAAGAAGAAAUUUUUGAUACCGAGGUUGAAGAAGAAAAUUGUGAAGAAAGAAUAAUGAUUAAUUGA